UAAUGAGUAAUAAGGUCUUAUAUGUUUAUUUAAUUGAAUGCAUUAUAAGAAUGUACUCAGUUACAGUUGGCAUUUCAACAGGACUAGAAUUAAAUCGGACAAGUUGCUAACAAUGUUGAUUAAGGAGCAUUUUAGGAGCCUCUCAGGCGUACUUAUUGAGGCAUGGAUUUGUUUUAAAGACCCCCAGAGGACUCCAUCGCACACCAUCGCCUAUUUGGACCGCGAUCAAAUGAAAGCAUUUGGAUUCUACAUGAACUCUGAGGCACAUUGUAAGCGAUUCCUGCUGGCUUGGAAUUACUUUUUCGUCGCUAUGAUGUCGGUGACCAUGAUAUCUUUUUGCUAUGGACUAUUUGAGUCCCUAGAUGACAUUGUACUCCUUGGUAGGGAUCUCGCCUUUACAAUAGCAGUAAGAUAAAAAAUAUGGCAUUUCAUUUUUCAUUAACAUUUUCAAUUUCAGUUUUUUUUUGUAAUGUUUAAAAUGAUUCACUUUUGGAUUAAUGCCGAUAAAAUCGAUCAAAUUAUCGAUGAUCUGGAAAAGUUUUAUAGAUGGGAAACAAAAAGUCCAGUUCAGAAGGAAAUUCUGUCGAUAAAACGAUGGCACUUUCUAGUUCCUGCUGCCCUAAUGGGAACAUGGUUAUUCUUGGUCACCUCUUUCAACCUUAUUAUGGUUUCAACGCCAUUUUGGGUGGAGUCUCAGAAGCUGCCCUUCCACGUGGCCUAUCCAUUCGAAUUGCACAAUCCAUCAAAGCACCCAAUCACGCACGCCCUUGUUUUUAUAUCUCAAGGUUAUAUCACGAUUUACAGCUUAAUCUGGAUAGUUUUUGGUGAAUUUCUGUCCGGUUCAAUUUACGUUGAGUUAACUUCUUCUCUGAAGGUCCUGUGUAUUGAGCUGCGGUCUCUGCACCUAUACUGUGGCUCUAGUAACGUCCUGUUUGAUAGAGAAGUAAAUCGGUUAGCUUUAUUUCAUCAGCAGAUAAUCUGCCUUGUUGACCGAGCCAACCAAGUUUUUAAUGGUGCAUUGACUAUGCAGCUAGUGGUGAAUUUCCUACUAAUUUCCUUGGCAGGAUUUGAGGCUAUGGUUUCCAGGCACGACAGCGAAGUGGUUGCCGAGUACAUGGUCCUGAUAGUCAUGGCUCUGGGACACCUCUCCUGCUGGUCAAAGUUCGGCGAUUUCCUGUCCCAAGAAUCCAUGGAAGUGGCAGUGGCUGCCUACGAAGCGUACGAUCCAACUAGAGGCAAUAAAAGUGUCCACCAGAGGUUGGGACUAAUAAUCCUUAGGGCACAAAAACCAUUGGCCAUUGCCAGCAGAUUCUUGCCGCCGUUUAAUUUGGUCAAUAAUUUGGCUGUCCUAAAUCAGUGCUAUAGAAUUUUUACCUUUCUGAUGCAAACAAUGGAGUAGACUUAUUAAGUCUAAAUUUUGUUUAAUUAAAAUAUUAUUAUUAAAUGAAACUAUUUCAUGAUGCACUAGUCUCACAAAUUGUAUUAUUUCAUUAUAAGAGGUUUUAGAAGUUCGCCCACAUAUUCA